AGGCGUGUAUUCAAUUCCGUGUGGCCCAUCAAUGAAGUUCCAGUUGAUAAUGAAUGGGGCAGGGACAGAAGCUACAAGAUGGAGUAUCAGGAUUGAGAAACAAGCCGACAAAUUAUUCUUCUUAGAGCUUCGCUUAGGCUACAAUACGAUCAGCAACGUGAUCGUUAUCAACACAGUGAAAGAUGGUGUUUGGGGGACAGAGGAGCGUUUCGAUCUAGCAAUGGCUGUUGGAAAAACAAUGGAGAUUCAAAUAACCCUCCAAGAUGGAGUAUACGAGUUAGUAAUCGAUGGUGCCAUCAUUCACCACUUCACGGAGAGAGACCCUGGAGCAAAGCCUGACCACUUUGCAUUUUUGGGUGACGUCUCUGUUAGUAUGAUGAAGUGGAUGUCUUAACCGAACGACUCAAGAGCAACAGGUGGUUUUCAUAACUUUGGUGCCUUUGGCCAACAGAGAUGUUUUCUUGUCUCAUAUGAGACAGUGAUUGUAUUGCAAACACCAAGGUUGAAUGAGUUUAUACUCUUAACUUAAUGACUCGAUUUGAGAAUUCAUUGUUUGUCAAAGAGUUAUGUGAGUGAGUGAGUUAAGAUUUUAAGUCACGUCGACAGUAUUUGAGCAAAAUUGUGACUAAAGCAAGCAGUAGAUUCACAAUAAAUAAAGUUAAAAUAUAAAAACAUUAACAGUAAAAUAAAGUAAGGGCCGGUUUAUUCCAGUUAGUAAGUAAUGGUGCCAGCACUCACAACCUCACCGCGAGAGAGCCUGGGGCAAAGCCUGACCACCUUUCAUUUUGGGGCGAUGUUUCUGUUAGUAUGAUGGAGUGGAUGUCUUAACCGGAAAACCCGAGAGCAACAGGUGGUCUUCAUAACUUUCAUGACUUAGGCCAAUGAUGUCUCUUGUCUCACACAAUACAGUGAUUUUAUUACUACAUGUAACACCAAGGUUUAAUUUAAACA